UAAAAACUGUCAUCCUCUCAUCAACUGCUAAAAAGUCUCCACAAUGGUACGUGGAACACUCUCACUUAUACCCAUUCGAUAAUCACAUAGUUCCUUUCCUUCCUUUCCGUUCCCAUUUCCACCGCCGCUAUGCCGCCGCCGUCCAGCGACGGAGCUGACACCUCCGCCUGUGGCCGAUGCACAUGCUCUACCACCUCCGGCGACAAUGAAAAUCAAAUCCAAAACUGCCAGCAUUGCCGGAGAUCGACUCUCCCUUCUUCUUCCUCCUCGUGUUCCUUACUUAGCCUUGAAUCUUAUCCGGUUCAAGAUUACGAUAAGCUUUGGAGAAUCUAUAGUGCUUCUGUUAAAGGAUUUACUAUUGGUGCUGGGCUUAAAGGUGGCCUUGCUAUUUUUGCUGUUCUAUCUCGGCUAGGACGGAGAAAAUUUUCGAAGAAAGUGCAAAUGGUAUCGAGUGAGGAAGAUAUAGUGUUGGCCUUAAAGGAAACGCUAAGAUAUGGUUUAUUCCUGGGCACUUUUUCUGGUACAUUUGUAUCUGUUGAUGAAAUUGUAUCUGCUGUGGGAGGUCAUCGAAGGACAGCUAAGUGGAGAGCAUUUCUAGCGGGUGCAAUUGCAGGGCCAUCUAUGCUUCUUACCGGUAACACACAACACACUAGCUUGGCGAUUUACAUUCUUAUGCGCGCGACUGUGUUGGCAUCCCGUUGUGGAAUAAAAAGUAAGCGGUUUGGGCGCAUAUGCAAGCCUUUAACUUGGGCUCAUGGAGACAUUUUCCUUAUGUGUCUAUCCUCUUCACAGAUCCUGUCUGCUUAUAUAUUGAAGCAAGAUAGUCUGCAUCCAUCUUACAAAUCCUUUCUUAACAAACACGGUGGCAAAGCUUUGGUUAUUCUGCAGGGUGUGAAAGACCUGGCAUGUGGGAACUCUGUCAUGAAUUUGGAAGCAAUAGAGAAUCAUUACAAGUCAAAUGGUAUUGACAUUAAACUGGAUCCACAAAUGAAAGUACCCUGCUCGAUAGUACACGAGAAUCAAGGAUGUGGUGAACAUUUUAUUUCUUUUCUAAUUCAAGCUUACAAGAGAGCUCUGCCAGUUUACCUUCCAGUUUAUUUAGUUCCUGCAUUCAUUGUACAUCGUCAAGGCCUCUUGAAAAGACCUAACACAAUUUUGGCAAAGGGUCUCCUUGGUACGGCAAGGUCUAGUCUAUUUCUCUCUGUGUAUUGUUCAUCUGCCUGGUUAUGGACAUGUAUUCUCUUCAGGCUGUUCAAGAGGUGUAACGUCCCCAUGGUAGCACUGGGAACGUUCCCUACUGGUCUGGCCCUGGCAAUUGAGAAGAAGAGCAGAAGGAUAGAGAUUUCACUCUACUGCCUGGCUCGGGCACUUGAGAGUUUCGUCACAUGCAUGGCUGAUGU